AUGUCUGCCUUUGAAGAAGUGAUUGUUGAAACUCCUGCUCAAUUCGACUCGACUGUUCAAUCUCAAGUGAACAAUAACCCCGGUGCUUUGGUUUUUGUCUAUGUAACUGGUAAGAAGGAUACAAGCACCGGAAAGAGUUGGUGUCCAGAUUGUGUGGUUUCUGAACCAAUUGUUACUGAAGAUUUCCUUCCUGAAGUUGAUAGAGAAUGCAAGAAGAAAGGACUCAAGACCAUUCUUGUGAAAGCACUUGUUGAAAGAUCAGAAUACAAGGGAAAUCCACAAUAUCCAUACAGAACUCAUCCCGAUUUACGUGUCAAGUCAAUUCCAACAUUCAUCUUGUGGAACGCAAAGGAUGACGAGAAAGGUGGUCGUAUUGACAACUUUAAUGACCUGGACCGAUUGGAUGCUAUGCGUGUUGCAGCAAUCAAAAUUGCAAAACAAUAA